CAAAAGCCACGUGUAAGACUUUUAAGAAUGGCGAAGGAGCUGAAAGCCUUUCCUAACUAAUUUCAAAUUUACAUCGACAAAAAACAUAGUUGUGACGUGAUCCACAGAUAGAAAUGGCGCCGCCAAUAAACUCCUGUUACAUCAUACAUGGAGAGAUGUCCCUGGUGGUGAUGGGGAUGAAAAGAACUUCCCGAUGGAACAGCGUUCACCAACCGGAGGAUGAUCCUCUGAUGAAAGAAUUUCUGGAACUUAAGAACAUUCUGCAGAAGAUAAAUGAUGUCAACGAAUUGGAGCCAAACGUCUUUCUGUCGCCCUUUCUGGAUGUGAUAAGGUCGGAGGAUACAACGGGACCUGUUACUGGCCUUGCCCUGUCCUCCGUUAACAAGUUUCUUUGCUAUGGUCUCAUCGAGCCAGGUACGGAAAGCGCGGCGGCAGCGAUAGAGAACGUGGCGGACGCGGUGACUCAUGCGCGAUUCGUCGGCACCGACCCCAGCUCUGACGAGGUCGUUCUUAUGAAGAUCCUGCAUGUGCUGCGGACGUUGAUGCUGUCCAGCGUCGGCAUACAGCUAACUAACGAAUCCAUCUGCGAAAUCAUGCAAUCCUGCUUCCGCAUCUCAGAGCUCCUGCGUAAGUCGGCUGAGCAGACGCUAGUGGACAUGGUUCAGCUUCUAUUCUCACGACUGCCUCAGUUCAAGGAGAUGGACAACAAGUUCCAACAUAUCCGUAAGUGUCACAGUGAUGGUGAGAAUGUGUCACAGUGUCAUGGUGAUGGUGAGAAUGUGUCACAGUGUCACAGUGAUGGUGAGAAUGUGUCACAGUGUCAUGGGAUUGUCAUGGUGAUGGUGAGAUGUGUCACAGUGGUUCUGGAUGGUGGAGAAUGGUGUCACAGUGGUUCAUGUGAUGGUGAGGAAAUGGUGUCACAGUGUUCGAGUGAUAGAUUCUCCACCUGCCCCAGCCCCCUCGCUCACACCCCCGCCUCCAGCUGCACCUCCAUCAACACCGUCGGCACGGCGAUGCAGGACGACGCGCCGCGCACCCUCGCCACCGGCGCAGCGCAGGCGGGGGUCACGCCCGCGGACUAUGUCGACACCCGUCUCUCCGAUGCAAUGCAGCAGGACGAGGGCGCCGGCAUCAGCACGGACGUCGGCGCUGACACGACGCAGGGAGAUGGCGCCACUGCAUCUGUUGUCACAAAGCAGGGAAACGAUGUUGUGACGCAUGCGAACGCGGCGCAUGUAGAUGGCGCCGCUGUAUCCACAGACGCGACACAGGUAGAUAGUGUCACCGCGUCAGGUGUCGUGGUCGUCACCGACACCUCGGCAGACGUGACGCGCGGUGACGAGGAGGAGGGGACGGGUGGCGAGGACGGUCAUCACCAGGGGGCGCCGAUGCCAGCAGAAAGCCCGGCAAAGGCGACGACAAGCGAACAGGUUACGUCGGAGGACCAGCAGGGGGCGCUGGACGCCGGGCAAAAUGAAGAAUCGGUUGCGGCCAGUUUCCCAACACCCCCUAUCUCUAACCCGGCAUCGCCAGCGCCACCUAGCACCCUGGAACUGCAAGAGAAACACGUUGUUGACGUCGGGAACAUCAACGUGACUCUGUCGACUACGCCGAUGACCCCUGGUGGCCAAUUAGUAGACAUGGCUCACCUGACUCUUGACUCGGAACCUUACUCCUUGGAUUCGUCCGAGUUGGAAAAUGCAAAAACAAGCGAGCAGGCAUGCGCUGCGCAGAUUGCCAAACUUCCCCAAGAUGUGGCGCUGCACUCUGACGGGCUGAGCGAGGACGUGCGAUUGGACAAGGCGUCGGACGUCGAACACAUCAGCAUCUGUUCUGAGAAGUCGGACGAGCAGUCGCUAGAGGGCGCUGAGGGGGAGUACGUGACGUCGCGCGGCGUGCGAUUCACGCAGCAUCACGCGAAGGAUACGACGGGGAAGCUGCUUCCUCACGGACUGCCCUGCGUCCGAGAGCUCGCUCGCUUCCUCGCUUCUCUCAUCAACCAACACGACAAGUCACACACUGACGUGAUGAUGCACAUGGGCCUCAGUCUGCUGACCGUUGCCUUGGAAACGGGAGCCGACCACAUGGGCCACUUCAACUCGCUGCUCGGCUUGGUGAAGGAUGAGAUGUGCAAGCACCUGUUCAUAUUGUUUCAGUCGGAGAGACUGACGCUGUUCUCUGCAGCUCUGAGUUGCUUCCUGCUGUUCGAAUCGCUCAGAACCCAUCUAAAGUUCCAGCUGGAGAUGUACCUGACGAAGCUGAUGGACAUCAUAGUGUCGGAGAAUCCGCGCAUCCCCUACGAGCAGAAGGAGAUUGCGUUGGACCACCUGGUCGCGCUGUGGCGGAUCCCGGGCCUCGUCACAGAGCUUUACCCUAACUACGACUGCGACCUCUACUGCUCUAACCUGUUCGAAGACAUCACCAAACUCCUGUCCAAGAACUGCUUCCCAGUGUCCGGUCUCUACACGACUCACGUUCUCUCGCUGGACGCCCUGCUAGCAGUGAUUGACAGCAUCGAGUCUCACUGUGUUAACCGCAUGCUGCUCAGCAGCAGCAAGGCUCCCCCGGCAACGACGACGACGAUGACAGACGACGCGGCAACGACGACGACGACGACAAUGACGGACGACGCGGGGGAUGACGUCGGGGACGCUGCUGCCGCCGUGUCGUCAUCGCACCGUGAAGGUUCGUCAGACAUGUCAGGAGCUGACUCCGAUGGUGGCGCCACCGCGCAGUGUCAGGUCGUCGCCGCCGCAGGCCUGCAGCCGAGCGACAGAUGGGAGGAUGGACAGAGCGGCGGGCGGAGGAAGGCGUGGCCGCAGAGUGGCAGCGUGAAGCAGAACAGGAUGAAGAUAUCGACUAACAUCCCGACAGAGGAAGACCUCAUCGCGAUGAAGAAGAAGAAGAAGUUGCUGCAGCAGGGCACUGAGCUGUUCAACCACAAGCCGAGUAAAGGAAUCCAGCACCUGCAGGAGAAGGGUCUCCUCUCCGACCCACACGAGCCGGGGGAGGUCGUCUCCUUCCUCAGGGAGAACCCGCAUCUCGACAAGAAGAUGAUAGGAGAGUACAUCAGCAACCGCAAGAACCUGAAGAUACUGGAGGCCUUCGUAAAGUCGUUUAACUUUGACCAGCUGCGUGUGGACGAGGCAUUGAGACAGUACCUUGAGACAUUCCGAUUGCCUGGUGAGGCCCCGGUCAUCUCUCUACUACUGGAACAUUUCGCUGAACACUGGCACAAGACGAACGGAGAGCCGUUUGCUAACAGUGACGCGGCGUUCACUCUCGCCUAUGCUGUCAUCAUGCUCAACGUCGACCAGCACAACUACAACGUGAAGAAGAACACGAUCCCCAUGACGCUAGACCAAUACAGGAGAAACGUGUCAAAGGUCAACGGAGGUCAGGAUUUCGAUCAGGAUAUGCUAGAAGAGAUCUACAAUGCCACCAAGUCUGAGGAGAUCGUCAUGCCUGCUGAACAGAUGGGACUCGUGCGUGAAAACUACCUGUGGAAGGUGUUGCUGAGGCGCGGCGUCACCGGCGGCUGCUUCAUCCACACUCCCAGCGGUCAGUUUGACCACGACCUGUUCGUGCUCGCGUGGGGACCCACCGUCGCUGCUCUCUCCUUCGUCUUCGACAAGAGUACAGACGAGAUGCUUAUCGCCAAGGCGAUACAGGCGUUCAGGAAAUGUGCGACGGUGUCAGCUUACUACAGCGUCAGCGAUGUGUUUGACAACCUCGUCAUCUCGCUGUGUAAAUUCACCACCCUGCUCAGUGCUCACGAGGCACCGGAGCAAAUCCCAGUCUCAUUUGGUGGUAACAUGAAGGCCCAGCUGUCAGCAAAGACUGUGUUUGCGCUCACGCAUCGCCAUGGCGACAUCCUGCGUGAGGGAUGGAAGAACAUCGUGGACUGCCUGCUACAGCUCUACAAGGCCAAGCUGCUGCCGCAGAUACUGGUGGAGGUGGAAGACUUCUGUGACGUUACCGGACGCAUCUGUCUCAUCCGGGAGGAGACUCAGAACAAUCCGCGAGCCGAGUCCGGCAUCUUCUCCUCAUUCUAUAACUAUCUCACGCUGGCUCAGGAGUCUCCCACACAGAAAGUGCCGACGCCAGAGGAUGAACAGGCGAUGAAGAACGCGCAGCUAUGCAUCAAGGAGUGUCAUCCAGAACAGCUGCUGACAGAGAGCAAGUUCCUACGCCUCGAGUCUCUCCACGAACUUGUCAAGGCGCUGGUCUAUGCAUCACAAGGACCAGAGUCACACUUCGCAGCCGAUCAGGCCUUCGAUGAGGAUGCAGCCGUCUUUAACUUGGAGCUACUCAUCAGAGUGGCUCUGCAGAACAGGGACCGUGUGGCAGCGGUGUGGCAGGUGCUGCGGGAUCACAUCUACAGUCUCGUAGUCAACGCUCAGGAACACACCUUCCUUCUGGAACGCUCCGUCAUCGGCCUCCUACGCCUCGCCAUACGCCUCCUCCGCCGAGACGAAAUCGCUUACCAGGUGGUGGUGUCGCUGCGGAUGCUGCUGCUAGCGAAGGCUUGUGUGCUGUACAGCGUAUCUCGUCACGUCGCGUACGGCCUUCAUGAGCUGCUGCGCACCAACGCUGCCAACAUCCACACCAAGCAGGACUGGUUCACGCUCUUCGCCCUGCUGGAAUGUGUCGGAGCUGGCGCGGCGCCACCUAGUGUCAAACAGGUCACCGCGGAGGCGGCGGCGGCGGAGGCGGGGGCGAAGGCGGCGAAGGCGGCGAGGCUUCGUUCACGUCCUACAGGGGGAGCGCAAUCCGAUUCUGAGAUAGGGGGCAGCAGUGCAGCGAGCGACGGCGGCAUGUCGGACCGGGGUUACACGUCGGACAGCGAGCUGUAUGAGAACAAGGACAAGCUGGAGGUUCAUCCCGUCUCCAGCAGCGAAGGCUGGAUGGUGGUGAAGGUAACCGGGGACAACGCAGACGUGGCCGAACCAUCGCCUCCUGCUCCUCCUCCACCGCCGCCGCCGCCGCAGCAGCAGCGUCAGGGUUGCCGCGGCAACCAGUUCAGCAUCUCGUUGAUGGAGGAGUUACAUUACCACGAGCCGCGGACGUUCCUGCGAUCGUGCGAAUCCCUCGCCUUCCUCGUCCGUGAUGCCGCGCACGUGACUCCGGACAACUUUGAGAGCUGCGUUCACGCGCUGCGCACGUUCGUGGAGGCAAGCCUCAAUGGCGGUCGCUACCUGGCUAACAGGAAACAGCUGAAGGUGCCGGUCACCGACAAGAAGCUAGGCAGAAAGAAGAGCAAGAAGAAGGAGGGCAGCAGUAAGGGAGGGUUCAAGCGAUCUCGCUCCACUCCCAACAACAUGAACGACGCGGGGGAGUCCGACGAUGAAAACCAGGAUGACAGUUACACCGCCAGCUACCACCAGGCGUCUCUGCAGCUACUGGACUUGAUGCACACCCUACACACGCGUGCAGCGUCUAUCUACAGCUCCUGGGAGAUGGAGGAUGGGGACACAGCGCCCCCUGGCAGCGGCAGUGAGAAGCCGGUGGAGCCAGCGUCAGCCAACCUGUGGGAGAGCUGUUGGUGUCCCCUGCUACAGGGUAUCGCUCGUCUGUGCUGCGACGCCAGACGACAGGUGCGAAUGACAGCCCUCACUUACCUGCAGAGGGCGCUACUUGUGCACGACCUACAUAGACUGACGGCACUGGAGUGGGAGAAUUGCUUUAACACGGUGUUGUUUCCGCUGCUGGCGAGGCUGUUGGACAACAUCUGUCCUCAGGACCCGCUUGGUAUGGAGGAGACUCGUGUACGUGGCGCCACCUUGCUGUGUAAGGUGUUCCUACAGCAUCUGACACCGCUGCUGUCCCUGUCCACCUUCACAGCUCUCUGGCUCACCAUACUAGACUUCAUGGACAAGUACAUGCACGCCGACCAGGGCGAUCUGCUGUUUGAAGCCAUCCCGGAAUCGCUCAAGAACAUGCUGCUGGUGAUGGACACGGCUGACGUGUUUGGUAACCGUGACGACAGCAAGCCCUCCAAGCUGUGGGUCGUCACGUGGGACAGGAUCGACGCUUUCCUGCCGGAGCUGAAGAAGGAAGUGUUCAAGGAGAGAACGCCGAGUCCAGAGAGGUCUGUACCCGUGCUCGCGUUGCCGCGAGAUGACGUGUCGCCGCUCCCAGACCAACCGACGCCGGCCAAGCCCGGCGCCGAGGAAACGAGCAGCGAAUCAUCGACCUGUGCGAAGCAGGCGACCUGCACACCGGCGCCCCCUGUCUCGCCGUUGUCGCAGAUACACGCGAAGGUCAAACCCGCAGAUUGCGAGGAUGCGGCGGGGCGGUCUGUGAGCCCGCUGUCAGCGGGAAAGUUCCUUCCUUCUCCCAGCCCGGUCCUCCUCGCUGCACCGCUGCCUCCCCGUUUGCCGCCGCGGCAACCAUCGCCAAGCAACCCGUCGUCAAGGAAGCUGCCGCGGGAACGGUGCUGCCGGGUGUUCAUCCCGAGUCUGUACACGUCGCGUCGCCGGGGGUCGUGGAUCCACGCCUCGACCAGGUUGAAGGCAGGAGUAAUAACUAGUGGACACUAGAAACACGAGACUGUUCAACAAGAGAGAUGACAAGCAACCGUACUGACUUGAAAAUCAUGUGUGCAAUGUGAUAUCGAUGCUGUGUGUGCGUGU